CACACUAAUGGCAACAGAGGAAGCUCAACCCCUGUGAAAUGCACUGAGGAGGGGUGGGGGUGCUUCCUCCACCAGCAUUGCUGCUGUCACAGCCACUGGCAAAUGGUCAUGCAGGACACCUCGCUGGUCACAUGCCAGGCGCACUGCUAGGAGGGCUCAGCAUACCUGCACGUCACAUCGCAGCUGCUCUGGAGGAACAUUCACUCUCUCCAAGGACAGCAAGUGAACAGGAACUGUGCCUCUUAAUACCCCCAGAAUGAACCUCAGCAGCUGCAAUAUCACAGCCUCUGAAAGCUUUCCAAUUGUCCAGCUGUGUGUUUACAUUCCAGUUUUGCUUUUGGGCAUUUUGCUGAACGUGUUGGCACUGUGGGUGUUCUGCUGCAAACUCGGCAAAUGGACAGAAACCAGAGUUUACAUGGUCAACUUGGCUGUGGCUGACUGCUUGCUGCUCUUUACUUUGCCUUUUAAAACUUUAUCCCAGUUCCAUCAGCUGAAGGUAGGUAGAUGGUGCCUGGCUCUGGAAGGUGGCUAUUUCAUAAACCGCUUAAUGAGCAUCGCUAUCAUCACUGUUGUAGCAGCCGACAGGUACCUUGCAAUCAAGUACCCUUUGAGAGCCAAGGUGCUGAGGUCACCGCUGAAGGCAACUUUUGCUUCGGGACUUCUCUGGAUAGUCAUCAUCUGUGUGAUGUCCAUCAUUAAAAUGUUAGAGGACCGAGGACAAGAUGAACUUUGCUUUGAAAAAUCUUCUGUUAAGCCCUCAGUGAUCACACUGUGUGCUAUUAUUACAGGGUUUUUCAUGCCAUUGAUCGUCUUGAGUUAUUGCUCCAUACAAGUCAUUGCAGAACUCAUAAGAAAGAAGAAUGAAAUUUGUCACAAGGAAAAGUUAAUCAGGAAGGCUGUUUACAUUGUGUCUGCAAACAUGGCUGUGUUCAUCAUAUGCUUUUUACCUCUUUACCUCGGGCAUCUCCUUCGCUUUAUAAUGGACUCUAUCAGCUCCAACUGCUCUGCAAUACAGAGGGUUAAUAAUUUUGUUCACCUUGCCUCAGUCCUCGCAAACACAAACUGCUGCCUGGAUGCUGUUUGUUACUACUUCGUCAAUAAGGAAUUUAAGGAAGCAUCUCCCAAGCUAGUGAAGUCCAAAUCUGAAGCCAGUGAAGAAGCUGAAACUCAGCUCCCAUGCAUAACACGUUAGUGCAAAACACAUGCAGCGCACAUUUUAUACUUGCUAUGUUCAAGUUCAACUGGGACUCAAUAGCAAACUUUCACACUUUCUUUUUGUGUGAGUGGGAUGGAGGGACUUUCUGCUAAUGGGAAAGACUCAGACAUGAAAAUUAGCCCUGAUUCAGACAACUGCAGCAGUGAAGAUCCUGAUGUAAUGAUCUAGGCUGCCACUGAUAAUUCUACCUUAUGCAAAUUCAAGUAAAAUGAUAGCUUUCCCGUGCAAAUACUGUCUUACAUUUUCCCAGAAAUCCCAAAACAAGUACAGCCAGAGGUAAAGGGGAGCUUUUUUGUCCCUUGCCCCCACCUUGAAUUAUCUUUUUAUGCAGCUGUGACAAAGAAAGAGAUUAUUCCAAAUAUAAUUUAAAAAAAAAAAAAAAAAAGUCAAAGUGAAACCAACUGCAGAAAAAGAGUGCAGAAUGUUUUAAUAAGCCAGAAAUGUCUUGGGUUUUAGUUGGUAGUAAUACACAGUCACAGUAGCAGAGGUAGAUUUCGGUUGCUUUAGACAACUUUACAGUACCAUUUAUACUACCUAACAGCUACAAAAUGGUUAUCAACUGCAAUACAAGGUCAGAAGAAAUUGCAAUUGCUUGUUCUGGGGAAAAAAUUUACAUCAAAAGCAUUUUAGUCAAAUGGCAUUAAAACUACUAUCAAAACAGUUGGGCAGGGCAGAGGGAAUAAGGACUCUGUAUUAGGGGUCUAUUCAACUUUGUAAUGUAAAGGACUGUCUAAAGAAAAUGGCAGCAAGCAGUUCCAAAGAAACCAACAUUAAUAAAGCUGUGUUACCAGCA